AUGACUCCCCACGCAAUUGAUCCCCUGGCGGGCAAUGUUGUCCCCUUGGCCAACCCCAAGUCCAAGACAGUCGUUCUCGACCACGAUAACGUCCCCAAGCCCGUCGCCGAUGACUUCAUGUACGACUUCAAGUACAACCACGCUCUGCCCACCAUCGAUGUCUUGGGCGUCGAGGUCCCAAAGGACUGCGAUGCUCAAAAGGCUGCCGAGGGCCUCGUUGCACAGCUCUCCGAGGCUACCUCUACCGGAAAUGCCGAAGCUUUCUCCAACCUUUUCCUCGACUACGGUGUGUGGCGUGACAAGCUGUCGUUCACCUGGGACUUUCGUACAUUCAACUUCAAGCCUGCCAUUCUCAAGGCUGCCACCGACCUGUUCCCCACCACCAAGGCAUCCAAGUACGAAUUCCUUAAGCCUGCCCCAGAGGUCGCCCGGCCCUACGAUGACCUGACUUUCCUCCAAUUCGUCGUCGCCUUUGAGACCGAGCUUGUUAAAGCUUCUGCAGUUAUCAGGGCUGUCCUCACCACAGAGGGCUGGAAGAUAUAUACUAUGCAUACUGUCGCUGAGGGCCUCAAGCAGUUCCCUGAGCAGGACCCUUACGAUGGGCACAUGACUGGCAUCACCAGCUGGGAGAGCCAGAGGGCCAAGGCCGUCGAUAGUGUUGAGCCUGAGGUAUUGAUUAUCGGUGGCGGUCAAAACGGUCUUGCCACAGCCGCCCGCCUCAAGGUCCUCGGCAUGCAGACUCUCAUCAUUGAGCAGAGUGCCGAGAUUGGCGAUGUCUGGAAGAAGCGCUACGAAUAUCUCUCGUUGCAUUUCCCCCAUUGGCCCGAUGCUCUACCUUAUUUUAGAUAUCCGGAGCAUUGGCCUACCUAUACCCCCGCGCAGAAGCAAGGUCUCUACAUGGAGUGGUAUGCCUCGGCUCUUGAACUCAACGUGUGGACAAGUUCAACUGUCAAGAGUGCUCAGCAGGAUGCCGAGGGUAAGUGGACAGUGGUGAUCAAUAAGGGUGUUGGCAAGGAGGAGCGUACUCUGUACCCAAAGCAGGUUGUCAUGGCUACAUCACUUUGCGGUCUCCCCUCGACCCCGGUCGUCCCCGGUAUGACCGAUUUCAAGGGCGUCAUCCGGCAUUCAAGUAAUCACGAUAGUUCCCGCAGCUUUGUCGGCAAAAAGGUUGCCGUCGUCGGCACCUCAUCAUCUGGCUUCGAUACCGCCUACGAGUGCGCUCGCUUAGGCAUCGAUGUAACCAUGAUUCAACGCUCGCCAACCUAUGUCAUGUCUCUAACUCAUUCUGUACCUCGAAUGAUGGGAAAUUAUGCUCCUGGCCCAAAUGGUGAGCGUCCUAACCUCGAGGAGCAGGACCGCUUCUUCUUCUCCAUGCCGACCGGUCCAGGUGAGGAAAUGGGCAGGCGCCUGGCAAAGGUCCUCGAGGAUCUUGACAAGCCCCUCCUAGAAGCCCUCAAUGCUCAGGGCCUUCGUACAUGGCGCGGCCAACGUGGCACAGGCAACGGCACUCUGGGCCAGACCCGUAAUGGUGGGUUCUAUUUUGACGCAGGCGCUUGCGAUGAGAUCAUCAACGGCAAUAUCAAGGUUGAGCAAGGAUAUAUUGAAAAGUUUACCGAGGAUAAGGUUAUCCUCAAUGACGAUCGCGAGCGGGAGUUUGAUCUUGUUGUCUUUGCUACUGGUUUCUCCAAUACCAUUGACUCGAUCCGGGCAACUCUGGGUGAUAAGAUUGCCGACCAGGUUACCCCUAUCUGGGGUAUCGACGAAGAGGGCGAGGCUAAGACUGCCUUUAGGGAGAGCGGCUGCCCAAAUCUUUGGAUCAUGGUCGGUUUCCUGCCGCUUACUCGUUAUGCUUCCAGACUGUUGGGUUUAAGGAUCAAGGCGCUGAGCGAAGGCAUCUCCCCACCACCGUAUAAAACUUAG